AUGCCGCUCCCCAUCAACUUCAACGCGGUGCUCUCGGAGCUGCUCGCCCAGUUCCUCUUCGUGUUCAUCUGCGCGUCCGCAGCGUCCGCGCCAAUCGCUUCGAUCGCCGCGCGAGGCAGCCCGCGCGCGCGCGCGCGGCGGGGGGACGCUGCCCCCCGGCCGCGCCCGGGGCCCCCGCGCUCGGGCCGCGCCGCGCCGGGCGCCGGGCGCCCGGGCCUGGCGCCCCUCACCGAACGCGGCGGGCGCACGCGGAAACCGCCUUUCUGGAAGGCAGUACAUCACCACGCGCACAACGCAGGCACGGGCUGCGCCACGGGUGUCGCCAACGAGCCGGGCUGGAUCCAGCAGGUGUCGCUCACGUUCGGCCUGACGAUCACGGUACUAGCGUACACGAUCGGCGGCCGGUCGGGCGGCCACAUCAAUGGCGCCGUGACGCUCGGCCUCUUCGCCGCCAAGCAGAUCAAGGCGCCCAACGGGUCGUCGGAGUACAAGGACGCGGCGCCCCAGGCCGUCGCGAACAUCCUCGCGCAGCUCCUGGGCUCGACGAUCGGCUCCGCCGCGCUCUCGACGAUCGUGGACCAGAAGGCCGACCUGACGGGCGGCCUCGGCACGAACGGCGUCUCGGACAACUACUCGCAGGGCGAGGCCUUCUUCGGCGAGAUCAUCAUGACCUUCGUGCUCAUGUACGUCGUGCUCGAGACGGCGUGCAACCCCAAGAACGCGGGCAACAUCGUGCUCGCGCCCGUGGCCAUCGGCUUCGCCGUCUACCUCGGCCACGUCGUGCUCAUCCCCAUCGACGGCUGCUCGAUCAACCCGACGCGGUCCUUCGGCCCGGCGGUCGUCGCCUCGGCGCAGGGCCGGACCGAGUCGUCGCGCUGGAAGGACUGGUGGGUCUGGACCUUCGGCCCCUGCCUCGGCGCGCUCAUCGCCGUGGCCUACUACAAGCUCGUCGAGAAGGUCGCCGAGUUCGACUCCACGGAGCAGCAGGUCGGCACGGACCUCGAGGGCGGCGGCGACGCGGCCAAGGCCUUCGAGAAGGUGUCGGAGUUCGCCGGCAAGAUGGCCGCCGACGGCCAGGCCAACCCCUGCGAGGGCCUCGAGAACGCGGCGCAGCUCGAGCUCUUCGUCGACCACUCGAAGAAGGUCGUCGAGCACAUCGAGCACCAGGCCAAGGCGCACGAGGCGCGCGUGCUCACGGCGGCGGCGCGCAAGCAGCUCCAGGAGAUCGACGACACGGCCGUCGGCGGGCCCGGCGGCGACGAGUAG